AUGGACAAACUCAGCGACGCCCAACGCAAGUUGUUCCAGUCGGGGGGCUCACUGGGCGACUAUGACAUUGUCAAGCCCAUCGGGAAGGGCAAGUUUUCCGUCGUGUAUCGCGCCAAACGGCGGCGGGACGAUGUGGUCGUUGCGUUGAAAAAGGUUAAUAUCUUCAACCUGAUGGAUGUCAAGGCACGCGAGAAGACGCUCAAGGAAGUGCGUCUCGUGCAGUCCGUGCACCACCCCAACAUAAUUCAGUACCUCGAUGCAUUCAUCGGCCAAGACGACGAGCUGUGCAUCGCGUUUGAGUGGGCCGAAGCAGGCGACCUCAAGCGUCAGAUUCGCAAAGCGAAUGAUAAACACGCACGCUUUGACGAACGCACGAUCUGGACCUACUUUGGGCAGAUGUGCGCCGCCAUUGAGCACAUGCACGCCCAUCGUAUCAUGCAUCGCGACAUCAAACCCGCCAACAUCUUCUUGACGCUAUCUGGGGCUGUGAAAGUCGGCGACUUGGGGUUGGGGCGGUACCUGAGUGAAGACACGAUGGAGGCGCACUCGAAGGUCGGCACGCCGCUGUACAUGUCACCAGAGGUGCUGCGUGGUGACGGGUACGACUGGAAGUGCGACGUGUGGAGCUUGGGAUGCAUCUUGUACGAGUUGGCGAUGCUGCGGUCUCCAUUCAAGUCGGAAGGGCUGAACCUCUACGGCCUCUUUCAAAAGGUCAACAAAGGCGAGUACGAGCCAGUGUCCGAUGUGUACAGCGCCACGUUGCGGACGUUGGUAGCCCAGAUGCUAUCGCUCGUGCCCAACGACCGCCCGACCCUGGCGCAUCUUUGCGCAGUGGCCACGGCGUCCGCACUUUCCCCCGACCCCCCACAGACCCCCCCCUCUCAUAUGCCAUCCAACAAUGAGGAAGACUCCGAUCGGAGGUCCAUUGCCAGCCGAGAAAGCACCCCCUCAACCGUCACGUCAUCAGGACACAACAACGCCUCACGAAUCGAUGCCACUCGAGCAUUUGUCUUGAGCGAGCUCGCCCAUGACAAGCUCGUGCUUUUGGAUUAUCCAUUCCAAACUAUCUUGCACCUCAGACUGCCACGUAUUUACUUUGCUACUGCCGCCCCUCGUGGCCACACUCAAUUUGCCCACUUUAUGGCCAUCAUGGACUGGCUAUUCCAUCGCGUUCCCUCUGUCACGACGGACGUACAGCUCAACGAUGACUUGAUCCCCCCGCUGCGUAGAGCCACUGCCGUUUUGGUGGCAGCUGGGCGAGCCGGCGUCGACACGCAGUCCAUCGCUCCGUCCGCCCUCACAGGAGGCUACGGAGCAGACGUGUGCGCUUUGCUCGACGGUGCCUGCGACUCGAUUCUGCAGAACCAACGACCUCCCAAGUGUGUGAUGGGACCUGCCGAGCCGGAACAAUCAUCCAUGGAUAAACUCGAUGGAGAAAGCGCCUGCGACUGGGCAGACGACGCCCCUAACAACUCCCAAUCAAACGACAUACAUGAUGACGACAUGAACCAAGACAUGUACGUGGUGACGACAUCGCGACACGAACCAGAGGGCCAACUAAGUGGCCUCCAGCACCUGCCGCUGAGCCCUGUGACCCCCAUCAACACGACCAUGUGGGCGGCUGAAAUACACCGAAACGUGCCCAGAAUCCGAGCCAAAGUGGCCACGAUGGUUUCUGCUGGAGCUAGCCUUUGGAGGUACCGGUUCGAGCAGCUGCAGCGUCAAGGGGCGGUCGUCGUGUCGGGGGUGCCUGCCACUCACUGCCAACUUCAAACGCUCGUGGCCACCCUGCGGCACCAUCGGGAGAGCAUUUCGAUCAAGGAAAGAGAGCUCAACGACACGUCCGAGUGCUUGGCUUGGCGCGAGCACUUUCGGCGCCGAAAACACCGACAAACACACCUCGACGGUGUACUUCGGAGUCUCGAAAGCACCCGAGUGGCCCUCCAUGCAUCUUUGAGCGCAACUGCCGAGACUCUCGGCAGCACAACCGCCGCCUUGGCUACCCAGAGCCACUCCCUCACCGACUCGGGGAUGUUGACGCGCCUCAAAGCCGCCCUCGUCACGCUGCAACAACAACGCCCCCGACACUAA